AUGAAUACUUCCGAAAGGCUUGACAAGUUCCCCUCCUUUAGAGACGAGUCUAUACCGGCAUCGCCUCCCACUGAGGCCUCCGCCAGGGCAAGACGACCUUUAAAUCGUCCUCGCCACACGCCAUCACUCUUGACCAUGUUCUCAGCAUUUAUCCGUCGGCUGAACGCCAUCAAAGCCCGCGUUCCCUUCCUCAACGAACUGCAUCUGAAUUUCAUUCUUCUGCAUUACACUUAUAUUAUCGCCUGGGCGAUCAUUGGUUCCAUCAUUGUCUACCCCCAGGGGAACAUCGCCUACAUCGAUGCCCUCUUUCAGGCGGCUGGCUCCGCCACUCAGAGUGGGCUGAAUACCGUCGACCUCAACCUGCUGUCCCUCUACCAGCAAAUCGUCUUGUACUUCAUUACUAUGAUGUGCACCCCGAUCUUCAUCCACAGCGCUCUCGUCUUCAUCCGUCUAUACUGGUUUGAGAAGCGCUUUCAACAUGUGGUCCGUGAUGCGCGGGCGCUGCGUGCUACCCGGUCGCGUAUGGACACAGUCAGCAAGGACAAGGACAGUGCAGAGAUCAAUCGCGCAGAGCUCGGCGUGAGCGGGAGAUCAAUCGUGGUGCUGCGCAACAAUUCCGGCGAUGCGCGCGGCAACAAACUUCCCGACCCGACCGGUGCAGUCGACCAGAUGAAUGCGGGGACCGUAAAUGGGGUGGAUACGCCAGAGCAGGACACGCCAGACCAGAGUACCAGUGGACAAUCCAGUUCCAACGAUACCAACCGUGUUCUCGAGAAACGGUUCGGGCUGGGCAGCUUAAGAGUGCCUACGCAGCUGAGUCCGGAGCAUCACAUUGCCUUUGUGGAAAACCAACGGAAGAACAAGGGUGCUCUGCGUAUCCCGAGUCCUCGCGAGUACGAUAACGGUGGUGUUCCAGAGACGUUGGAUGAUGGAGAGGAACCGCAGCCUCAAUUCCAGCCCAUCGGUCCGCAAUUUGAUCGCCCUCGGAGCUCUGAGGAGGACGAGGACGAGAAUGAGGAUGAGCAUCAUUCGGAGCAUGAUGAUCAGGUUGGUCCUCUGGAAGGACCGCAUAUCACUAUUAAUGAGCCGGAGAUCACACGCACCCGCACCCGAGGCAAUACCUUCCCUCGCUUGGAUACCAGACCCACGGUUCGAGACACUAAAGAGGUCAACGAAACGACAGAAUUGGACCAUGUGACAACCAGAAACACCUUUCGAGGAAUAUUCAGAUCAAUGACACAAGAGCGAGAACGCAACACUCAGCCGUAUCUUAGUUGGAACGCGACAGUGGCGCGAAACUCCAACUUUGUGGACUUAACCGAGGAGCAACGUGACGAGCUUGGUGGAAUUGAGUAUCGAGCCUUGAAAACGUUGGCGGUCGUACUCAUAUCGUAUUAUGUUGGUUUUCACCUCUUCGGAAUGAUCUCCAUGAUUGGUUGGAUCAUGACGGUACCUAGAUGGGGUAAUAUCGUCAGAGCCGAUGGCAUUGGACGGCCGUGGUGGGGUAUCUUUACAGCUGCGUCCGCCUUCAAUGAUCUGGGUUUCGCCUUGACUCCCGACUCUAUGAAUUCUUUCCAAGAAGCGGUGUUUCCCUUGCUGCUUCUGGCAUUUUUGAUCAUCAUUGGUAAUACUGCGUUCCCGUGCAUGCUUCGGUUCAUGAUUUGGGUCCUUUCCAAAUUUGCUCGACAGGGCACUGCUCUUUGGGAGGAGCUCCGGUUUCUCCUGGAUCACCCGCGUCGAUGCUUCACCCUUCUCUUCCCUCGAAACGCCACUUGGUGGCUGUUCGCCAUUCUUGUCCUGCUGAACGGCAUCGAUGUGAUCUUUUUCAUUAUCUUGGAUUUGAAUGAUCCGGCCGUCACGGCUCUGCCACCUGGAAUUCGAGUUUUGGAUGGCUUUUUCCAGGCUGCUGCUACCCGAACCGCAGGUUUUGGCGUAGUGAACCUGUCAUCUCUCCACCCAGCCAUCCAGGUUUCCUACCUGAUCAUGAUGUAUAUAUCCGUGUUUCCUAUUGCUAUCUCCAUGCGUCGCACCAAUGUGUACGAGGAGAAGAGCCUGGGAGUCUACGGUUUCGAGGAGGACGAAGACGACGAUGCUCAGACAGCGCCCAGCUAUAUUGGAACUCACUUGCGGCGCCAGCUGAGUUUCGAUCUGUGGUACGUCUUCUUGGGUCUGUUCAUUAUCGCCAUUGCCGAGGGCAGCCGCUUGUCAAGUCAAGACGACUACAACUUCCAGUUGUUCACCGUCUUGUUCGAGGUUGUCUCGGCUUAUGGUACUGUUGGUCUUUCCUUCGGAUACCCAACCGCCAAUACCUCCUUCUCUGGUCAGUUCGGCGUGGUCUCCAAAUUGGUCAUUAUUGCUAUGCAGAUCCGCGGUCGUCACCGUGGUCUGCCAUACGCACUUGAUCGUGCUGUUCUGUUACCCUCAGACGCACUUAAUCGACAUGAAACUGCUAUGUCUGAGCGCCGUAUGCGCCGCCGGAAUUCGAAUCUCAGCGGAGCCGGCUCUCUUGGUCGACAGCCUUCUCGCAGUGUGUCGCAUGCCCAGGGAGGAGACACUGGUGUCUCGUCAGGUAUGGAAUCUUACGACUGGCAAACCCACGGGCAGCCUGCGAAUGGAGAUACCUUCGUCCAUCGGUCGUCGACAGUGAGGUCUGCUCGAUAG